GUUACCUGUGGCCCAUCUUCGAGCAGCUCAAUUACAACACGCAUCAUGUUGCUCACUGUGCUGCGUCGUCCUUCCGUGCAGCUCUCGCUGCUGGCCCGCGGCUCCCGCAACGACACUGCUCAGGUUCUGCGCUUCUUCAGCUCCACGUACGUGCUUUUAUCUCUCCGAACAGCUCUGUAUAAGAAGAACUAUCGUCACGAAAUUACUGUGCCAGUUCCAGUAGUGCCCCGCCAGAGCAGAAAGCCAAGAAGAACGACGACGAAGAGGAGCUGACCAAUACCAAACUAUGGGACAAUGUGCUGGCUAACCACCCGGAGCACGCGGAGCAGCAGGGUGGCGACCUUCUCUACGAAUAUCCGCAAAAGAGCUACUUUGGAUACAUGUCGGCUGGCUCUCUUGCUCAUAUUGCGUUCUGGUCGUGGCUCAAGGGUUAUGAACAGAGUCUCGUGGAGAUGCACCCGGUGCUGGGCGAGCCGACGUUCUUCUCGUUCAUCUCGGACGACUUUGGCUCGUCAAUGGGCUUCGGUAUGAGUAUUCUGCUGGCUGGUCUCAUUGGUUUCCACGCGAGCCGAUCGGUGGCUCGUAUUUCGGUAGUUGCAGGCGGUGACAAGCUGCGUUUCACGACCCACAAGUUCUUCGGAGACUUUGCGAAUCCGAUUGACGUGCCUAUCUCGUACGUAUCGGCGAACCCCAACACCAAGAACAACAUCAUCCUGAAGCUGGCCAACAGACGUGGCUUCUACCUGGUGGACACCAAGGGAAAGUUCUACAACCGCGAGAAACUAGAGCGAAUGAUCACCUUCCGCACAAACUUCUCAGAACACAAGAAGAUGAUGGAGAAGAAGACGACGAUCGAGGUGCGUACGGACUUGCCGCGUGUGGAUCUUAAGGCCGAAGCUGCGCAGGCUGAAGCCAACCGAAAACUCCCCUCACGAGCACGUUCGAAGGCUCGUCACGGCAAUCUACUGGGCAAGAAAAACUCCUCGAAGAAAGGAGGCAAGAAGAAAUAGAGUAGGUACAGGCCGCUACGAGCAAUAGAAGUGUUGCGAAACAUUGUUCACAAACGUCAAA